CUCCCUCACUCAGUCAAGCCGGCUGUGUGAGCACUUAGAUGGAAUAGCAGCAUUUUUCUUCUGUGGUGUCACUGGAGGAGACUGGAAACAACGUGGUGUGAAAGGAAGGACCCAGGUCGGGGUUUGGUACCUGGCUUCUUCGAGCGGGACCCACACCGGAGCGAGCUCCUGGAAGGCAGCGGUGACCGGUCGUAGAUCCCGAGCGGCGGCGCAGUCAUGGGCAGGCCGGAGGUGGUGACCAGGCCACCUCUGGUGUCAGCUGUGUUACUCUCCCUCCUGGCUCUCUCGCUCCUCUCCACCGAGGUCUCCUGCCUCCCACAGCCUCUGCCGAGAGUCUUCCUUACUUUCGAAGACCUGCAGGCCUCCCAGUCCUUUGAACACUACAGCAUAUCGGACAAGGCCAUGGACUACAGGAUCCUGCAGAUGGACGAGGACCAGGACAGGAUGUACGUGGGCUGUAAGGACCACGUCCUCUCCAUGGACAUCAACAACAUCACCCAUGGCUCCCUGAAGGUGUUUUGGCCGGCGUCCACCAGCAAGAUAGAGGAAUGUCAAAUGGCAGGAAAGGACCCAACGCACGGCUGUGGGAACUUCAUCCGGGUGGUGCAACCUUACAACAGAACUCAUCUGUUCAUGUGCGGCAGCGGAGCGUACAGUCCCGUCUGCGUUUACAUGAACAGGGGACGAAGACCAGAGGAACAAGUAUUCCACAUCGACUCGAAGACCGAAUCUGGAAAAGGGAGGUGCUCCUUCAACCCUCAAGUGAAUACAGUCUCCGUCAUGCUCAACCAGGAGCUGUUCUCAGGCAUGUACAUUGACUUCAUGGGGACAGAUGCUGCCAUCUUCAGGAGCCUGACCAGGCGAAAUGCAGUGCGGACAGACCAGCACAACUCUAAAUGGCUUAGUGAGCCCAUCUUCAUCGACGCCCACCUGAUACCAGACGGAACAGACCCCAACGACGCCAAACUGUACUUCUUCUUCCGCGAGAGGCUGACGGACAAUAACGGAAAUACUAAAAACAUCCACACGAUGGUGGCCAGAGUGUGUCCAAAUGACAUCGGAGGACAGCGGAGUCUGGUGAACAAAUGGACGACGUUCCUCAAAGCCAGGAUGGUGUGCUCGGUUCUGGAGGAGGACGGCACUGAAACACACUUUGAUGAACUUGAAAACGUGUUUUUGCUGGAAACCGAUCAGCCCAAGGGUCUGCUGGUUUUCGGAGUCUUCACGUCCACGAGCUCCGUGUUUAAAGGCUCGGCAGUGUGUGUGUACAACAUGGCCGACAUCCUCACCGUCUUCAACGGGCCCUUCGCUCACAGAGAGGGGCCCAAUUUCCAGUGGGUGGCGUUCCAGGGACGCAUCCCUUACCCACGGCCUGGAACUUGCCCCGGCGGAGCUUUCACACCCGACAUUCAUACAACUAAGGAGUUCCCAGACGACGUGGUGACCUUCGUGCGAAACCAUCCAGUUAUGUUCAACGCCAUCUACCCGGUGGGGAGGAGACCCCUGGUGGUCCGCACCAACGCUGACUACAAAUACACAUCGGUGGCUGUGGACCAGGUUAUGGCUGCCGACGGCAACUACCACGUGCUCUUCCUGGGCACAGGUAAGAAAACUUGUGUGUGUUAA